AUGGGCAAAAUACCUGAGUUGAACAAUGUCUACCUCAUCAGUGGACUGGCGACUAUCGGCGGUCUAAUCCAGGGCUUCGAUGUCUCCAGCAUGUCUGCCAUUAUUGGCACUGAUAACUACAAGAACUACUUCCACAAACCGAACUCGGUUGCUCAGGGUGGAAUCACAGCCAGUAUGGCUGGUGGUUCGCUGCUUGGUUCGCUCUUUUCCUCGUGGACGAGUGACCGAUAUGGUCGUCGUGACUCGAUGUUUAUUGCUUGCAUCUUGUGGUUGAUCGGCUCAAUUUUGAUGAGCGCAGUGCAAAAUGUCGCCAUGUUGAUUGUCUCGCGCAUUAUAAAUGGCUUCGCCGUUGGAAUACUUACGAGUCAAGGUCCGAUUUUGAUUGCUGAAAUCAGUCUUCCACAGCAGCGUGGUAGACUUCUCAGCUUGCAGCAAUGGAUGAUUACUUGGGGUAUCCUUAUUAUGUAUUUUAUAUCAUAUGGCGCAUCCUUUAUGAGCAGCCAUGCAUCAUUCCGUCUGCCAUGGGGUCUCCAAAUGAUCCCAGCUAUCAUUCUCAUGGUUUUCCUACCCAUGAUGCCGAGAUCGCCGCGCUGGUUGGCCACACAAGACCGGUGGGAGGAGGCUGUGAAUGUUCUGGCACGACUACACGCCAAGGGCAACACCCUUGAUCCGAUCGUCGUUGCGCAAGCUACUGAAAUUCGCGAAAAACUUGAACUCGAGCGGCAAUACGAGAGCACCUCCUGGUCCGAGUUGUUCAAUUCCCGAAAUAUCGUUCGCGUGCAUUGUGGCAUUUUCACACAUGUGUGGUCCCAGCUGAGCGGAACAAACGCUAUGAUGUACUACAUUGUUUACAUUUUCCAGAUGGCUGGUCUGACAGGCAACAAUGCCCUCCUUUCCGCGACAAUCCAAUACAUCAUCAAUGUGGUCAUGACACUCCCUGCACUCUUGUUCAUGGAUCGUCUCCCACGCCGCCGCUUGUUCAUUGCAGGUGCUCUUGGCAUGUCCAUUCUUCAGUUUGUCCAAGGAGCUCUCAUGAAAUCAUUCGGCGAGGCUGUUCCCGGAGGUCUCAAGGGCUCUCCCACGGUUACUUGGAGAGUGACUGAUGGAGUAGCGUCAAAGGCAAUUAUCGCCUGUUCUUACCUGUUCAUUGCUGUCUAUGCACCUAGUUGGGGACCUCUAGGAUGGGCCUACCCCCCUGAGAUUAUCCCCCUCUAUAUUCGCAGCAAAUCCGUCUCUCUGGCGACAUUCUUCAACUGGGCCUGCAAUUUUGCUUUAACUUUCUUCUCUCCUCCUGGAUUCCAACAUAUUCAAUACAAGAUGUAUUUCGUGUUCGGAACCUGUUGUUUCGUUGCUGCUAUCCAUGUCUUCCUUCUCUUCCCAGAGACAUGCGGCAAGUCGCUGGAGGAGAUUGAUGCAAGCUUCAAUAAUGAAAGCAUAUGGGCUUUCAAAGCUAAGUCUGUACCAAGCCGGCUUGCAGUCGAUAUUGAGCAGGCAAAGGAGGAUUUGGAGGCGGGCAAGGUGCCCGAGGCUAUUUUUGAGCCGAAGAAGUAG